CCACGAUCUCGUCAUCCAAUACACAUCCAUUCUUCCACCAUACUUCGUCCGCUACGCUACUCUUUAACACGCCACCUUUGGGAGCAUCUCGUGGAAAGAGAUUUGCCAAUCCUGCGUCUUGCUUGAUCUAUGAGAUCUGUCCAACGCCAACGUGCUUUGCUUUCCAAACGAUACCACCCAAGCAUAUGCAUACCCGCUAGCUACAUCAAUGUAUUGGAGGAUCGCCCGCAAGUCUAUACGUACUGUUAGCUUUGCACAAGCUUGAUGAGAAUAAGCAUUUCACAGUUAGGGGUAGUACAGCAACAGCAACAGCAGCAAUACUAGCGGAACAAUGAUUCCUUCCGAAUCGACUGUUGCAGUGCCGUCACCCUCUCUCAACGACUCUCCGCGUCGACGUCUUACUACCACGCUGCAGAUGCACAGUCGCAACAACACCACGACGAACAGUAGUCGGUGUACGGCACAAUCUGUCACGCAUUCCAUACUUGCCGGAUACGCUGCUGGGGUGUCCGGAACCUUGGUGGGACAUCCUCUGGAUUCCGCCAAGGUCUGGUUGCAAACCCAGAGUUACCAAGCUACCAGUAAUACGCACGCAAACGGCAACGCUGCGGCUACGGGGACGUCUCGAGGUACCGCCAUCCACGGCAGUCCUCUUCCGCCAAACUCCGCCGCACGCAACAUGAGUACGUUGGCACACAUCGGCAACGACAAAACUCGUAUCGCUCCGCUCUUCUCGUGGGCCCGUGUCCGGAGACUGUACAAGGGAGUUUCCGGUCCGCUCGUCACGGUCGGUCUCGUUCAGUCCGUCAACUUUGCUACCUACGAUGCCACGCGACGACUACUUCAUCAGCGACAGGAACAACGAGAUUCGAUGCCUUUGCUACCUUACCUACACCACGAUCCCAUUCCACAUGUUGGGAUCGCCGCCGCCACGGCUGGCGCCGUACUCGCUACCUUUACAUCUCCCUUGCUCAUACUGAAAACACAACAACAAGUACAUGGAGUGUCGUUCCGUCAAGCCUUUCAACGAUCUUUCUACGUCGCCACAAACCGCAACGGGGUACAGAAGUUUCAAUUGUCCCGCAUGUUUGCUGGAUUCGGUCCCCACUUAUUGAGUGAAACACUCGGACGUGGCGUUUACUUUUGCUGUUACGAAAGCCUGAAGCGAUACGGAAUGCAGCACUGGCAGUCGGAGGACACGGCCGCGUCGCCUACCAUGUUCACCCGCAUGGCGAGUGCCGCCGCCUCGGGCGUUUUUUGUUGGGCUUUUAUCUUCCCACUCGAUAUGGUCCGCUGUCGGGUAUACGCGCAGGCAAACGUCCGUGACCAACCAACACUGUCCGCCCUGGAGUGGGCGCAGCGCUUGUAUCGCGAACAACAGUCCUGGCGAGCCUUUUAUCGAGGAUUUUCGGUCACCGUUCUGCGGGCCGGGCCCGUCGCCGCGGCCGUACUUCCCAUUUACGAUUUGACGUUCGAGGCCUUGGCAAAACAGUCACUCGCCACGUGA